UAUAGCUUUUCCGCCAACAUAACUAGCUCUGGGAAUGAGCUCUGUGGCUAGCGGGCUAGGCUGGGCUAAGUAUCAUUCACAUCUUGAAGAAAAAAAAAUUGUUUGUGUCGCUUGCUAAAUGAUGCUUUCCCAUAACGCAUUUGUACUGGCAUGUUGAACUAAAAGUGGGGCUUAAAUAGCAGGCGUGAUUAAGAACUGGUGUUGCUGAGAAAAUUUUAAACUUCUAUAGUUCUUCCCCGUUGUAGCACAAACAAGACAGACAGGAUUGACUGUGUCUCAAUGGAGACUCUCUCAAAAGCAUCCGCAUCCGAUUCUACACGAGAGCAGGAACCGCGUCCACCUCCACCAGCCAGUGGAUUGCUGCCUGGCAGCUUGUCCCAGUCAUCGUAUAAAGACUAUCCCGCUCACCGUCCAUUCAUCAACACACUUGUGCAUCAUACACCUCAAACUCGUACUCAAUACUCAUAUCACACACCAUCACCCAGCAACGCCUUUCCAGAAACCAACAGUGCAGCAAUUCUAUCUGCCUUGAGGAACCUCCAGGAGAAAAUAAGGAGGUUGGAGUUGGAAAAAGGACAAGCUGAGCUCAGUUUGCGAUCUGUAGGAAAAAAGGCAUCACAUGCCCAAGAUACACAAGCAGUCUUAAAUGAUCAGAGAAAUACAGAAAGAAAGAAGAGUGGCCAGUCCAGCUGCAACCAAGCUUUGAUCACAAACCUUGCUGCUGCAGAGUCUCGCUGUGUGAAGCUGGAACGUCAGCUGGACCAGAUGAGGAGGAUGUUGCGUAAUGCUGGGACAGAGAGGACCAGCCUAUUCAGUCAACAGGCUUUCAUGGAGAAAGACAAAGCAGCUAAUCAGCAGUGUGACUCAGUGUCUGAGCAUGCCCAGUUGGAAAAGCUGGAGCGACUUGAACAGGACUAUCUCAGGCUGACACGCACGCAGAAAAAUGCUGAGAUGAAGAUUUGUGAGUUGGAGAGGAAACUGCAGGAAGAGGAGCACCAGAGAAAGCUCGUACAGGAUAAAGCCAACCAGCUGCAGACAGGUUUGGAGGCCAAUAGGAUCCUGCUGCGAUCAGUUUCUCCUCAUCUGUCUAUCACACAGUCCAAAGAGAAGAAGGUCAGGUCAAAGAAAUCUUCACCACAGCAGACGUCCUUCACAGAGCCACACUACAGACUGAGCCUCAGGGAUGUACCUUUUGUUGCUGGGACGUCAGUUAGCCGUAGCCAUUCAGUCAGAGCCAACGUCCAGGCGGUUUUGUCCCUCCUGAAAAGACACCAGCCUCAUCUCUGCAACAGCCGCGUCCUUUCUUACAGCACUAACCAUUCUGAAACAGGUAGCCAAAAGUAUUCAGACAGUUACUCCUCUUCAUCAUCUGCUAGUGAAGAGGAGCUGUCGGAGCUACUCCAAGGCCUGCAGGAGGAGCUGCAGUUCAUGAGUCUGGAGCAUGAGGAACUAUUGAGGCAGGUUGAGGACAGUGUAUCUGAAAAGGAAAGAAAAGAGCUUCAGAGGGAGCAGGAGAGGCUGCUACUGAAAAUGGAGAGGAAAGGAGAACAGAUCAGUAAACUCUACAAACACAAGUCACAGAUUAAGAAGUUUAGAAAGAAAGCCAAUUCUAGGCAGAACAGUAGGAGUGAAGUCAGAGUUUCCACCAGAGGGCGCUCUACAGGGGCCAUGAAGGUUCAACCAGGAGAGAGAAGCAAGAUGAAUCUGAGGCUGCUGAGGGACAUGAAGGCUCUGCAGGCCUCAUUGAGGACAUGAAACUUACCAGAACAAGAAUACAGCAUAUGGAGUUUAUUUUCUUGGUGCUAUUUACCCGCUACCUCUGAUCAUUCUUUCACCUUUAAAACAGCCCCUGAAUCAUAAGCGCUACAUUAACAUUAACACCAGUGUUCAACCGCUUCCUGAGAUCAUGAUCCAUGAUCAUAUGUCUAAACUGAAACAUCUACUGUAUAUUAAACCACAUUUAAGUUAUUUCCACCAGUCAAAGCAAGAUUAAUUUCAUCAAUCAAUGAGUGUUGUUUCAUUGUUUGAUUAGUAAUUUCAGCAUCUGAUGGAUCCAGGUUUUCUGAAAGAAAAUGCUUUAAAUGAAAGUUAAGUAUUCAAAAGACAAAGAAGCAUUCAUGGAGUAACUCUCAAAGUUUUUUUUUUUCACCAGCAGGGGGCAUUAAGGGGAAGCUGCUAGUGUAGAUCCCCAUAUCCUGUAGAAAAAAAUAGAUUUUAAUUGAAGUUUUCGUUGCCCAUUUUAUUGACAUCUUGUUCCCUCAGGAAAGAAAAAAAAACUUUUUUUGUAAGACACCAAAAUUAGAUGGUUUUUCAUAAAUAUUUAUAGAGGAUGCAGCUGACUAAAUGAACUACAAAGAUAAUAUUGUAAAUUAAUACGUAUGCACUUACUGUCCCCAGUCAACCAAGUCCAGAGUAUGUGACAUAUUGUAUUCUCUUUAUAUACUUCUCAUCAAAAUGUUAGAUGCCCCACUUUUUUCCAGUUGUCACUGAGAUUUAAGCAGUGAACAGAGUUAAUUAGUACACGAGAUGUACUUUAAACGAGAAAAAAAAUUUAAUUUGAAACAAAUUUGAAAGGAAAUCUUUCUUUUAAGAGAUGGAGAAAUUGGCUAAAUCAAAUCAAGUUUUAAAAGUUAGUGCAGAUAAUUCUGACAAAGCAACUGAACUUAAGCCAACUUUCUACAUCCAGAGGUCUGUUAGGACAGAAAUAGUGUUUAAGAAAAAGGAAAACUUAAUAAACAAGUAAGACCAACUGGCUUACUGGGACUUCUUUCUAUAGCAAAUUAAUUACCAGAAACAGUCAGAGAAAAAAAAUAGAUUUCUGUCUGUAACCCUUUAAAGUUGGUUUGCAGUGGACUGGACUUUGCUGGUGAAAGUUAAACAACCCAAAUAUUUGUCUGAGCUUCUGCAGCAUUAGUGAGACAACUCUCCAUAAAAUGCAAUGAAUGUACUGAAACAUGGGACAAAAAUUACUUUUAAACUUAUGUUUUCUAUUUUGUAAUUUUACUGUUUAAUCUUUGCUGUAAUUGAACAAUUUCCACUUCAAUGUGCAACAUUUUAGUAACAUCUGGGGAGUUGAACUUUAAUGAAGAUUUUUUUUAUUUAACUGGAGUUGAGUGAAUUUAAAAAAUAAAAUAUGUUUGCACAUUAGGGAUGUUUUGGUCCAGUUGUUGAUUUGAUUUUUAUGCUGGCUCUUAAACGAACUUGUGAAAUUUUUCUAAUGAUGUUGCCAGAGAUGAAUGUGGUAGCAGGGCUCUGGAGGGUCUGUGGGGUUUAUGUAGUAUUUAAAGCAAGCUGACAGAUGAAGGUUUUCUUAAGGGGAAUAUAACAGGCACAGUGUUUUAUGGUGUGAUACUUUGAAUAGUCUUUUUUUAAUCUAAAGUUGAAAUGUUUGGAGAGAAGAAUCCAUCUCAAAUAAAAGUUAGCCCAAUUAGUAGGAGUGUUAAGAAUUCUGUGGUUAUAGAUGAUGCAUUUACCUAAAAGUACACAAAUAUCAUAUUUGCUCCAGCUGUAUCUUGUUUCUUUCCAUACUCACUAUAUCCAAUUUAGAGCCACAGGGGAGCUAGAGCCUAUGAGAUGACCCAAAGCCCUUACAUCACCAUGUAGUCCACAACACAACUUAAUUCACAGCCACUGCUAUGUGCUCUUGGUGUGAGCAUAUAUUUAGCUUUUGCUUGUCCCAACAGCCUCACCACUGCACAAUAUGUGUAAAAUAAAUGUUCUACUUUUCCUUCCCAGUAACCAAUUCAGAUGCCAGAGUGUUUAUCCUGCAUUUUCUAAAUACUC